AUUAAUAAAUAAUUAAGUAUAGUAAACCAAAUACACUGAAAAUAUUUCAGUUUAUUUUCAAGCUAGUGCUAUCAUUGCGAUUUAAGAUUUUGUCAUGAAUUGUUUUUGGAGAAUAAUAAUUUAAUGUCUUUGUUUUUACAUUAGUUGUGUUCUAGCCUAGCCAGUGCACGAGUUCCUGCACCCGGAGGUAUCUGGCCUUGAGGGUAAAGAGGAGACGUGCGGUCGGGCAGUAGCAGUUAUCAGAAGGACUUUCGGUUCUCCGGCAUCGCUGGGGAUCGUGCAGUCUUAGUGAGCAGAGGGAUCAUCGGUUCUCCGGCAUCGCUGGGGAUCGUGCAUAACCUGCAUCAUACUUUACCGGCAGUGUCUGGUUGAGUGGAGGUUAUAGCAUGUCUGACUCCGGCUCGGCAACAGAUAGUCCCAAACGAGGGUGGAGGGAGGUUUUGGAGAAGAAGGCCCGGGUGAUACAGGAGGUGGAGGUAGCCAACUCUGAAGGCCAACUCCUGUAUGGCACGGCAAGGGAGCUAGUGCAUGCCCUGGGACAGGUUCACUCCUCAAGGUUGCCACAGGAGAAGAUUCAAGAGCUCAUCAAGGGGCAAUAUGAUAUUGCGGUUAAGCAGCGCAAGAAUCGUUUUGUUUCUGAGCUCCGGUACCAUGCAGAUGUCAUCUGCUCGAAAGAAUUUGUGACGAAGGCGUUCGGCAAACCUGCGGCCAAGAAAACUUGCCUAGGAGUGUCGCUGAAUGCUCGUCAAAGAGGAGGUACGGUACGGAAGACAACUGGACGACCGAAGACUUUUUCGGGAUUACAGUCCGGAUUUCCGGCUCUACCGGCCACAGCUUUGAGGGUCCCGGCAACUGUGUCGCUGGGAGCAAUCAAGGUGGAAGACGACGAAGAGCUGCCCAUGGAGACCGAAGUGCUUUCGGUUAUAGCGCCAGAAGAAGAUCCAUCAACUUCUUCUUUCUUCGCGGCGUUGGAUGAAGUGGGAGAGUUCUACGUCGUUGAGGAUGUGGGGCAGUGCGAAGAUACCCCACUGAUCAAGGAAGGACGUGCUCCGGUGGAGGGGACUCCGAUUUCGGUUGGAGUCUCUAAUGCUGGGGUAGCUAGGGUCCCGGUCGAGGCUGGGAACUUGGCACCAUUGGUAAUUCCUACCCAGGUGUUUACCAAUAGUUCCUAUGGUGUGAGGGAGCCACGGAAAAGGAGUUAUCCGAUGAGGGAGGAACCAGCUGUACUACCACCAGCUGAAUCGACACCAGUCGUGCCAGAGUGUGUGCCGGUGAGGAAAAUCCUGAAACCCUCAGUCUGGACUAGACUCGGUAGCCGCAUGGAAGAGCCCAUGAAAAAGAAACGUACGUCCCGUUGUCCGUUAAUGGGAUGUACGUCAGAUUCCCGCCAUCUAAGCAGACACGUCUACCAGAGGCAUCUUCCUGAGCGAUUCCAGCUAGGCAAUUUGGCGAAUCCGGCCUGGCAGGUAGCUCGGUUGCGAGGACUUAGAUGGCUCGCUCUACAACUCGUCGGAGAUGAUCGGCUUGGUACCCUGCUAGAUUUUGCCCAGAAGAAUGACUUAGGCAUCAACGCGGAGGUGUCUCUAUCGGAUGGGGAUAGACAGUGGUUAUCCGAGUUCGCUCGUCAAUCCGGAUGGCCGGAAGUGGAUUUUGACAUCCAACGUCUAAACUCGCAGGCUCUUCUUGCUCAUUGGCGUGUCCUUGUCGGUCUACUGAAACAUAUUCCAAGGGAUCGGCAAGUGUACUUCUUCAACCUGGACAGUCAGCGUACCUCUAGUACCGUCCCGGCUACGGCUGGGUUACAUGUUCAAGUCCCUGAAGUGGAGCGUCCAAGUACCCCGACACCCCCGGUUGUGGCAGUGACGGAACCUGUGAGACGGGGAACGACUCAUGCUGCGGCUGGAUUACAUGUUCAAAUCCCUGAAGUGGAGCAUCCAAGUACCCUGACACCCCCGGUUGUGGCAGUGACGGACCCUGUAGGACGUGGAACGGCUCAUGCUGUUUCUAACAUACUAAACAUGUCUGUUAGGGAGUAUUUGGCAGUGUCCGGACAGGCAAACCUUUCGUUGGCUAGGGGGAGCACAUCCCAAGCGUCAGGACGACCAGUAACGACCGGGAUUGCGGCCUUUGAUUCUCAUUUUCACCUGGACCGGUCUCUAGUGAAGUUGGGUAUGCCGUAUUACUCAGAAAUCCGGACCCUUCUGGAUGCAGAUGUGGGGAUCAGACCCCAAGUCGAAGUGGAUGUGGUAGGAGGUGUCCUGAUUUAUUGUGACCCCGAGACCUACCCGACAUCUUUCCCGGCUCAGGCUGGGUUUGGUGUCGCGGUGGGAUUACAUCCCCGGAAAGCGGCAAGAUUCAACUCUGAGCUCUACCGUCAUUUAAAACAACUCCUGAGGAAUGAACGAGUAGUGGCAUUGGGAGAAGUUGGGUUGGAUCGAACCGAGCCAGCAGAUACUUGGGGGCUACAGGAGGAGGUUCUCACAAGGAUAUUAGAAUUGUCAUCCCCUUGUCAACCAAUCAUCCUUCAUAUCCGGGAUGGGGAGGAUCGGCAGUCCGGAGUGCUCUAUCUGGAGUGUCUGGAAUUAUUAAAGCCCAAUGUUGCUCGGACGCAGAAAGUGGUGCUGCAUUGUUUCACCGGCGCGCAAGAGGUUGUGAUCAGCUGGUGCAAGGCAUUCCCUAACUGCUUCUUUAGUUAUUCAGGACAAGCCCGGCUUUUCACGGAGGCGCAGAAACAAGCAGUCCGGAGGGUCCCGGCGAACAGGCUGUUGAUCGAAACUGACUCGCCAUACUUUCGACCAGCUGGGGCGCGGAUGUGCACUCCAUCCUUUUUAGGGGAUGUCGCCAACGUGAUUGCAUCAUAUCGGGAUAGUGAGGUUCGGGAUGUGUGUCAGCUCACUUUGAGGAAUUCCACGCAACUGUUUGGGCUAUAAAUAGCAUAAUGUAAUAUGACAUUCGUGUGGCCAAUUAUUGAAUUUUGAAUAUGGAGUUUUAAUGUUUAGGACACUAAUUGUAACAGAAAGGAAACACAACUGAAGUGUAUAGACAAUGAAUGGAAGUGAAAGUUUGUGGCCAAUUAUUGAAUUUUGAAUAUGGAGUUUUAAUGUUUAGGACACUAAUUGUAACAGAAAGGAAACACAACUGAAGUGUAUAGACAAUGAAUGGAAGUGAUAGAUUGGAAAAACUCCGUUGUUAAUCAUAAGUUUAAAGAAAAACUAUAUGCUGGGCACCAUUUACUCCUCUAGUCUGUUCUAGUGAACAAUUAAUGGAGCAUUGCAGAAUUGAAUACAAAAUAAAGUAUCACUAGGGCCCGGAACUUUAGUGUAGGCCAAAUUUUUGAUUAAUAAGUUACCAAGGCUGAAAAAGGACUCUAUGUCUCUUUCCCGUUGGAUAAAAUGGGGAGGAGUGUGGUAAAUUUACUGGUGUGUAACCGGAACAGUACGGCAGAGACUAAUCGAUU